ACAAAGCUAAACUGCAGAGUCAUCGCACAGAAAAUGCGUGUAAGACAGAAAACCUCUCUUCCCCCAAGAACGUGUCUGCUGUGGAUCUGGGAAACCCUAAGCGCACUUUGCUGAAGGCCUCUUCAGCAUCUAGACAGCUCAAAUUCCACUUGUUCCCACCUUGACAGGGGUGUGGGGGGGGUGGGGGCGGCUCUGGACUUGAACUCGGUUCUUAGGGUAGCACACCGGGGUAUGUGCCAGCCAUCUCCUCCUUUUUUACAGGGCCUUUGGAGUUUGUGUUUUCCAGGAUACCCUGCGGGGGUCUGAGGGAGAGUCCCGGCUCUGGGAAGCAGGAAGGAGCUGAGAGGAAGAUGCUGAGGGCUCAACGGAGAUGGAUGGGAAUCCCAGGAUCGCGGCCUCCCUUGGGACUGAGGACAUCCUGACAGACGGACACACGGCUCUGCCUGGCAUCGGUCCAUUCUCCAUCCUCUGUGGGACCCACCAGCGGAAUUUGAUCACAUCCCUGCAUUCCACUCGGCUUCCCACCAUCCCCUUUCUUCCUACCAUGAGCCCCUUUCUUGGAGGCUGGCUCUUCUUCUGCAUGCUCCUGCCUUUCUCCCCGGGAGUCCAGGGAGCCCAAGAGUAUCCUCAUGUUACACCAGAGCAAAUCCAUCUGUCCUACCUGGGGGAGCCAGGCACCAUGACUGUGACCUGGACCACAUGGGCUCCAGCCCGGUCUGAGGUGCAGUUCGGCUCGCAGCUGUCUGGUCCUCUCCCAUUCCGUGCCCACGGCACCGCCAGGGCCUUCGUGGAUGGAGGAGUUCUGCGGCGCAAACUCUACAUUCACCGCGUGACGCUGCGGAAGCUGCAGCCGGGGGCUCAGUAUGUUUACCGUUGUGGCAGCUCUCAGGGCUGGAGCCGGAGGUUUCGCUUCACAGCCUUGAAGAAUGGGGUCCAUUGGAGCCCCCGCCUGGCUGUGUUUGGUGACAUGGGGGCUGACAACCCGAAGGCCCUGCCCAGGCUACGGAGGGACACCCAGCAGGGCAUGUUUGAUGCAGUGCUGCACGUGGGAGACUUUGCCUACAACAUGGACCAGGACAAUGCUCGCGUUGGGGACAGAUUUAUGAGGCUCAUUGAACCUGUUGCUGCCAGCCUGCCAUACAUGACAUGCCCUGGGAAUCAUGAACAGCGCUACAAUUUCUCUAACUACAAGGCUCGCUUCAGCAUGCCAGGGGACAAUGAAGGCUUGUGGUACAGCUGGGACCUGGGGCCUGCCCAUAUCAUCUCAUUCUCCACUGAGGUAUACUUCUUUCUGCACUAUGGCCGUCACCUGAUUGAGAAGCAGUUCCGUUGGCUGGAGAAUGACCUCCAGAAAGCCAAUAAGAACCGGGUGGCCCGACCUUGGAUCAUCACGAUGGGUCAUCGGCCUAUGUACUGUUCCAAUGCGGACCUGGACGACUGCACGAGGCACGAAAGCAGGGUCCGCAAAGGCCUCCACGGCAAGUUGUUCGGGCUAGAAGACCUUUUCCAUAAAUACGGCGUGGAUCUGGAGUUCUGGGCUCAUGAACACUCCUACGAGCGACUAUGGCCAAUUUACAACUACCAGGUAUUUAAUGGAAGCCUGGAAAGCCCCUACACCAACCCUCGAGGCCCAGUUCACAUCAUUACAGGAUCUGCGGGUUGUGAAGAGCUGCUGACUCCCUUUGUCAGGAAACCCAGACCGUGGAGCGCCGUGCGCGUGAAGGAGUACGGCUACACUCGGAUGCACAUCCUUAAUGGCACCCAUAUGCACAUCCAGCAGGUGUCGGAUGACCAGGAUGGGAAGAUUGUGGACGACGUCUGGGUGGUUAGACCUUUGCUUGGCCGGAUGAUGUACCACUAAGACCGGGGUACCUCUUGUGAAGACACUUUGUUGCUGUGACCAGGCAGUACCUUGGCCUGGGGAGGAAGUCAGGGCAGGACCCCACUCCCUCAGCAUCCAGAAGCCUGAGGGCACAGCCUUGAGAGAGGCCAGACAGUUCUUGCCUCCUGGAGAGGUGGGAGCCCGAGCUGGCUGGAGAGGGAGGGCAGGUAUGUGGGCACCAGCAGGGCUGACUGCCAGCAUAGCCCUGCCCUUCUGAAUUGCUCUGACAGGGCCAGGGACUCAAGGGCCUCAGAAUAAAGAGGCUUGCUGCCAUGGCUCCCUGGACACACACUUCCACUUGGUCCCUCUGUCCCUUUGCCCUCUCCUAAAGGGUGUCCUGUGCCGGGAUCAGCAAGGUGGGUACAGCCUUCAUGACGGACCUGCCAGCAGGUUACUCCUAGUUCUGCCUUUGCAUCUCGUCCCUUGCCUGGUGUCUGUGCUGAUAGCUCACGAUGUGCCAUUUAAUGUCCCCUGUGCCUCCAUUUCCCAGCCAGCACUAUCUUCUCCAGGAGGAGAGGGUAGAGCAACACUGUCACCUCCCCCAAGGCAAAGCUGGCAGGCCUCAGGGGCACACAGAUACAAUACGUUCUUCCCUCGAGGUCCCUGUCUUUUUCUUCUUCCUUUUACGUAGCCUACCACUAUUUGUCGAGCAUCUAUUAUGUGCCGGGGCUUGAACAAGACAGACCUCUCUCCUUGUAGUAUGGGCAUGGAGUCAGGGACUUAACAGCAGCAUCCUUACAAGGAUAAGAGCUCAGGGUCAAAGAAGGAAGGGGAACGGUGACAGUUUUCAGGAGACAGAUGACACGUGGAUUAAAGUUGAGGAGAGAGGACACAGGUGACACGGGAAGGGUGUCCCAGAGCUCGGCCAGAGCAAAGGCCCUGAGGCUGAGCUGCGCUUUCCCUGUUGGCUGAGGAGGCUACUGUGGCUGUCACAGAAAAAACAAUGAGGGAGAAAGGGAAGAGGAAAGAGCGGUAGUGGUUACAGUGGAGCCUUCUGGGCCACCGUGAGGACUUUGGAUGGAGCCAGGCGAUGCUGAAGGCUGCCCCCAGAAGAUCCCUGGCCCUGUGGGUCACCUCAUAGCUGACUACCCAGCUCUUCCAUUGCGCUGAGUAAUGUGUUGUUCAGUCUCCUCAGGUCUAAGUCUCACCUACCUGUGCAAAAAUCCUAGGCUCAUGGACUUCACGGAAGUUUCUAGAACACAUCAAGUUCUUUACCUGUGCAAAGCCAGUGCACACACUGACCUUUCUGACUUCAUUCUCUGCAGUGCCCUCAGGUUGAAAGCCCCCUGCCUCCUCUACUAUAGACAGGUCCUCAUGUAGUCCAGGCUAGCCUUCAACUCCCUGUGUAUCUGAGGAUAUCCUUGAACUUUUGAUCCUUCUGCCUUCAUCUCCCAGUUGCUAGGAUUCCAGGUGUGCACUCCCAAGCCCAGCUCAGGGUUGAGAUCUUUUAUACCUAUGUUUCCUUCCUAUUCCCUCCACAUUCCCUGAUGAGUCCCGUUUGAGUCAGUGACCAGUGGCAUUUUGUUUCCACUUGAGUCUAUCACUCCAUCUGAUUCCACUGAUGUCCUGGUGUCGCACAUUCUAGGUCAUUGCUACUCUGGGAUGGGUGUCUCUCGGUCUCCUAUUAGAUGCUAAGGAGGACAGGGACCAAAGUGGCCCAACUCAACAGAGGCCCUAGGAAGGUUAUCACAUGCCAAGCUCUAUCUCGGCCAUGUCAGGGACAGCGAUGAAUCAGAAAGAGAAACCAGGUCACCCAACCCAAAUGAUGCAUAAGGAGAGAAUGCUGACCGGCGAAGUCAUGUUGUGGAGGGCCAGCUCAAGGCUGUGGAGCCACAGAACUGCUGAGGUACCACAGGAUGCCUCUGUGUAAGCUGUGGACCUGCCUGGCAGGGAAAGCCCACAGAGGGCAAAGGCCUGCAGGCAGGCAGCGCAAGGGGGCCGAGCCCAGCUUGCCACUUCCUGGGUGAUGACUGCAGGCCAUGGUCCUCUGUGAACCUCUGUUUCUUCAUCUGUAUGUAGAGGAGGAGCCUGUGGGAGGCAGCCUUGAAUGGCAUUAGAAGCUUAUCGCUAACCUGUAUUUUCUCUUCUCCUCCCCUCCCCUCCCAUCUUGCUUUCCUUCCUUCCUUUCAACUCCAUAUCUGAUUUCUUUUUCUAUACCCAAUCACUGACAAACACUCCAAUUUCCUUUUUUUUUUUUUUUUGUCAUGACAAGUGACAUAUCAUCUCUUCCCUUCCCCACAGUCUAGCCUUGAUCUAGUGAUCUUCUUCCCCCAGCCUCUCCUGAGAUGGAAUUAUAGGCAUGAGCCAUUAUUCCUGGCUGCCCCUUUUUUAUUUAUUUUUAUUUUAUGUGUAUGAAUGUUUUUCUUAUAUGUAUAUCUGUGCGCUAUGAGCAUGCCUGGUGCCCAUGGAGGCUAAUUUCUUAUCAGGGUAUCAGAUUCCUCCCUGAGACCAGAGUUACAGAUAGUUAUGAGCCACCCUGUGGGUGCUGGGAACCGAACCUGGGUCCUCUGCAAGAGCGGUCAGUGCUCUUAACUGUUGAGCCAUCUUUCCAGCCUGCUAGCUGCCUUUUUAUUUAUUUUUAUUUUUUAUUAUUUCAGUUUGCUGAUACAAGGUCUGUGUAUCUCAAGGUAACCUCAAUCAAGUGCUGGCGUGUAGGGCCGUGCACCACACCACCAUACCCCUCUCAGGACACAUACAUACUCACCAUGUAGACGUAUGUUUAUCUGUUCUAUGACAACUUUACAAUUGGAACUCCAGGAACCACAGGGAUUUCUUGGAUUCUGUUGCUUCCCCAGCCCAGGCCACUGGUCCAUAGUUAGGUGCCCAGUGCAUACUGCUGGGUAUCUGAAGAAGGGAACCAGAAGGGACACUUCCAUGUUUAGCUCAGCCUGUCAUUCCAGAGCCUCACACAGAACAGCGGGGCCUCUUCUCCAGGUGACUCUCAGAAAGGCCAACCACGGGAGCCACAGCCUGGUGAGAGGGAAACCCACACCCAGGAGGCCAUGCUGCCAUAUCUGGUCCAUGUGCCCUGCAUGGAAGAUCCUGAGGUUUAGGAAGGAAUCGCUGAGCACGGAAAUGUUAUCAUGGGUCUCAGGAGAGUUUGUGACCUGUUUUUUCCUGCUCGCUGAAACGAACAUGGCCGCGUUACCAUCUCUAUUGUGCUUUCUUUUCAUUUUUAAAAAUAAGCUUUAACUUGGGAACUGGUUCUCGAAGAAAACUGGAAAGAUAAAAGAGUUCCCACAGGACCCUCACGCCUGGCUUUCUUUUAUGAUUAAAAUCUUAUAUGAUA